GGCGGGGGCCCCUCUGGGUGCCGGGCCCCCCGGCCCCGCUCGUGUCCCGCGGGGCUCCCUCUGCGUCUCACGCGUCUCACUCUCAGCCCCGCGGUGCCCCAGGGCCUUCACAGAGGGUGGCCGACGAGGAGGACGCGCUCCUGCAGCUGUCUGAGGAACCCACAGUCUGGGAGAGCCCCAGCGUCUCUCCUCGGGGGACCUGUCUUCGCUCUUUCCGCCUUCAGCUGACAGGAUGAGGUUCACCCGAGUCACGGAGGAUACCCUGAAAGUUGGAGUGAUUCAAUGACCUCUAAAGUUCUUCCAGCUCUGAAGAAGGUGGUUCAGAAACACUUGGUUGUGCCUGAGCUGAAAUCUACUCCCCAGUAUCGGUGGAGGCGUUGGGAGCAGCUUCCAUCAGGACCCUGUUGCGCCUCCGGCUGCUCCUGUCAGCAGCGCUGCUGAGGCCAUUUGCAGCACACAGCUCACACGUGAGUGUGUGAGGAAACACACACCAGAGGGAGCCGCUUCCUGAGCAGCUCCUGCAUUUUCCCUGAGAAUGGACCCUGGAGACCCCGAGGAAAGGCCUGCUGCCGCUGACCCCGCCGCUGACACCACUGGUGGCCAGGACCCGCGCCUGUUCCUGCAGACCCUGCAGACGCUGUGGUCCACUAGGGAGCUGCGACAGCUCCGGGAGGAAGCCUGGAAGGGGUUCGCCACCCUGGAUGACCCGCUCGCCACUCUUCUGGACAUGCUGGACGCCAGCCGGGGCUUCGGGGGGCAGGGCCCCUCACUGGAGGCCUGGGUGGCCCGCGAGCUGGAGCGCUGGCUGCAGGCACAGCCGCGCCCGGGGCCCACCCAGGGCGACCCAGCACUGAAGCCGCUGCAGGUCCGUGCAGUCCGGCUCCUCACUGAGGGCCCCCUCAGCCUAGUGGAGCCGCUGGUCAGCAUCUUCCAGCUGCAGGACGCAGACCGGAGCCCCGUGCUGGCUCACAUUCACCGGCUGCACCAGGAGGGCAAGUUCAAAGAGGCCAUCGUGCUGGGCACGAAGCUGCAGCUGCAGGCAGAUCUCGACGUGGAGAAGAUGUGUGUGCCCCUGCUCCUGCAGGACAAGGUGGACCUCGUAGAGCGCUACGUGGACAGCUUGCCCCACCUCCAGCGGAGGCUGCUGACCCUCAUGGACUCCUGGUGCCAGCCCGGCUUUGACAUCAGGGUCGUCACCAGGCGGUACCCGCACGUGCGCCUGCGGCUGGAGAGGCUGAGCCCCAGAGCCCUGGGUCGGCAGGUGCUGCGGCUGCUGGAGCAGUUCGGCCUGGAUCCGGCCCUGUGUCCCAGCGUGCUCGCUCAGCAGCGCCUGGCUGCCCUGCGGUACCUGUGCUACAAGCGGCUGGUGGAGAGAACCAUGUCCCAGGAGAGCUGGGCUGAGCUGGUGCAGGGCCUGGUGGGGCAGGACGAGUGGCUGCAGGAGCAGCUGCUACAGCUGCUGGCCUCUCAGGAUGACGUGGCCAUGGCCGCCCAGUGUGCCCUGGACCUCUCGUUGCCUGAGGAGCGACUCCCAGCCACAGUAGUGGCAGAAAUGAGCCAACUCAGGCUCCAGGAGAGGACGGCCAAGGCACCUUCAGAGCACAGGCGGGACGACUGCUACCAGCUGCCCAUCGCCAGGGAGGACAUCUACUUCCUGGCCUCCUGGGAGGACCUGGCCAGGCAUGAGGACGCGCUCCUGCAGCCGGGUCAGGUGGUCGGUGUGGACCUGGAGUGGAGACCGUCUUUCGGCGCGGGCGGCCGGCCCCAGGUGUCACUCAUGCAGGUGGCCGUGGCAGGCCGUGUGUUCCUGCUGGACCUGCCCCGGCUCUCGAGUCCCGCAGGAGGGCAGGCGCCCCAGGCCUUCUCCCAGCUGGUGUCCCGGCUGCUCUCAGACCCCUCCAUCACCAAGCUGGGUUAUGGGAUGGCGGGGGACCUGCGGAGCCUGGGUGCGUCCUACCCAGCCCUGGCGCAGGCCGUGCGGAAGCUGCAGGGGGGCCUGGACCUGCUGCAGGCGCACAGACAGAUGCGGGUGGCGGACAGGCCAGCCCCAGCUGUAGACGGGGCCGCAGGGCCGCGAGGCCUUAGCCUCCUGGUGCAGCAGGUGCUGGGCAAGCCCCUGGACAAGACACAGCAGCUCUCCAACUGGGACCGGCGGCCGCUGGGCGAGGAGCAGCUGGUCUAUGCAGCUGCGGAUGCCUACUGCCUGCUGGAGGUGUACUGGGCGCUAUGCAGAGAGCCUGCCCGCUUCCACCUGCCGGGGGCCCUGCCCUGGAGCCUGGGGCUGGGAUGCAGCGAGAGACGCGGGACUCAGGAGCCGCCCCUGCAGAAGGCCUCAGCCUCCCCCCGACAAGUACGCUCACCUGAGGAUGCAGCCCCCGAGGUCCCGGCCCAGGCCUUCCGCGUGGUGUGUGACAAUAUGCUGGGGGGGCUGGCGCGGACCCUCCGCUGUCUGGGCGUCGACGUGCGGGUGCUGCACUCAGGCGAGGACCACCGGCAGGCCGCCGAGGUUGCCAGGCAGGAGGGGAGGGUCAUCCUGACCGCAGGGCUGCCAUACCACAAGCUCAGGGCCCAGGUUGGGGCUGGGCGCUGCCUGGCGGUGGACUGCUCCCUCAAGGCCCAGCAGCAGGCGAAGGCCGUCAUCAGGCAUUUCAACGUGCGUGUCACCCCUGCGGACAUCUUCAGCCGCUGCCAGGCCUGCAACUGUGACCAGUACCUGAGGGUCUCCAAGGACGUGAUGAAGCAGCUGGUGCGGCUCAGCGUCCAACCAGGAGGCCCCGGUGGUGCCGGCAGUGAGGCCCCCCACAGAGAUGGUGAGCAGGAGACAGGCUCAGCCCUGGAGGAGGCCCCCGAGGGCUGCACCUAUGACCCCCCUUGCCGUUGGCUGGAGGACACGGACCUGCAGACCCGCGUGCCAGCCACGCUGGCCAAUGGCACCCGGCUGCAGCUGGCGGGCAUCCCAGCGGGCGUGCUGCGGCGGCCCGGGCUGCAGCAUUUCUACUGCUGCACCGGCUGCGGCAAAGUCUUCUGGGAAGGCUCCCACCUGGCCCGAGUCACCAGCAACUUCCAAGAGGUCCUGGAGGGCACCCCCCGCCCAGCCAGCGGCCCCUCCUGAGAGAGGGGCCCAGGCCGCCCAGAGUAAACGUGCAGAAGCUGCACAGGUGGUGGCUGUGGGCUCCUUCCUCUGGGCUCCGCUCCCACCACGCCCCUCGCUCGCCACCCCCUCGCAGCCUGAGGGCUGGACCCAGGUGGCCCCCCAAACCUGCUGGAGCUCAGUGGGUGGGAGGUGCUGUGGCCGUUCCCAUCGCCUCCUCCACCAGGCACCCCCCAGGGCGAGGGCCAGGGCCCCAGGCCCCCGGGACAGGGUCUUCCCUGCUUUCCCCCAGUGAAGCCAGCCAUGGGACUCCCCCGGGACGUCAGACUCCAGCGAGCACGGGAGGUGGUCCUGGGGGACAGACAGGCCCCUGCCCAGCCAGGCCAUGACCCCGCGUGGCCUCAGCCAUCGGGCUGGGAGGCCCCCGCUCAGGUCUUCGCCAUGUAGAAGGCCCUGAACACACGUGCGUUGGAGCCUCAUUGUCACAAGGCAGGAAGUAGCUGCCCUCUCGCCCAGGGAGACACAGGCUCAGACCCCGCGCUGACCCCCGGGGGGGGCUCAUGCGAGCAGUGGGCCUGGGCCCAGACCACGGCCUGCCCUCGCCUGCCUCCCCCUGGCUCAGCCCCAGGAAUGCACACCCACCCUGGCCCACAUCCCUUUCCUGUCCUUCCUGCCCAGAACGGAAACCAGCACAGAUUUGGCCGCGGGGCCGGGCGUCUGCACCCUCUGCCCCGCCCCGUGUUCCUGACCACACCAGGGACGGCCGUGGCCUCUGAGCCCCCCGGGGUGUAGCCCCCGCCGUGUGUUGGACACGGACCCGCUCAGCCCCCCAGCAACGCUGGGCCUCGCUGGGCCAGGGCACAAACCACAGAUGGGUCGGCCCGCCUGGGGUCGAGGGCAGUGUGCUGGGGCUGCUCUGCCCACCGGACUCCCCUCUCCCCUGAGGUCACUGGGCCUGGGCUGGGCAGGGGUGCCAGGGUGAAUGGGUCCCCAUGGGGGCAGGGACCCUCUGCAGCUGGGGUCCCGCUUCCAGGAGCAGGACCUCCGGCCCCAUGUCCUGUCCUGGGACAGCAGCCCCGACCACUCCUCCCCCGCAGGGUUAAGAGGAAGCAGGGUGGGGGGGGGUCCCAGCCAGCUGCGUCCUGGGGACUCUGCCCUGACCCGCGGCCCCGGACAGACAGAGGCCAGGGCCACAGGCUCAGGGGGCCAAGCCAUGUCCUUCCAGGCCCCAAUGUGGGUCCGCCCCGGGUCCGCCCCAGCCCCGCCCAGCACUCCACGGAGAGGAGAGGACAGCUGAGCAGGACCCGGUCCUCAGGCCUCACAGCCCCGGCCCCGCCAGGCCUGCCUCCCGCCCCCUGCCCUCUGCUGCCAGGCCGGCUGCCUGCGUCCGUCCGUCCGUUCGUCCGGGGACUCCCAGACUCACAGGCUCACUGCUAGCCCAUCCAGGCCCCGGCCCCCUCCCUGGCCCUCGGCCUGCGGGAAGCACCCUCCGCGCCCCGUGACUGCCCUGCCCGCUCUGGGCUAGGGGUCAGACACUGGGCCGGCAGGGUGGGCUGCGCCCGGGUGCCAGGCCUCGGGGACUGUCUGCCGCAGUUCCUGCCCCGGGCUCCUUCCUCCGCGGCCGCUGGCCCGGGGCUGGUGUUUGUUAUUUGAUCUCUAUCCUCGCGCCCUUCUACCAGGUGUCUGGGCUGCUGGGAAGAAACGCUCUCCUCUUUCCCACGCUCCCCGACACAUUUUAAUGAAUUAGCUAGAAGCCCCGCCCCGCGGCCCGCAGCCCGCUCAGCCUCCCUCCCCUGCCGAGCACGUUAAGGUGGCCUCGGCCUCCUGUCUCCGGCCAGUGCCCCUCCCGCGAUGUCCUCCCCGCCACCCCACCCAGUCCUCCCCAGCCGGGGAGGGGGGGAGCUUCCUGUCACCCACUGCUCUGAGCCUCUAAAGGAAAGGGGUCCCCCAGGGGAGGAGGCCAUCCUCCAACCCUGGACUCCUCCUGGGGCCGCACCCCUGGGCCAGCUCCCAGGAGGACAUCGGUUUAGCCUGGUAGUCAGCGUUGGGCCUGUCACCCCAGAUCCAAGGUUGAGGGCUUCUCCUUCCCAGCCAGUGAGCCCCUUGUCUGUUUGUGUAAAUGACAUCACCAAUGCCACAGACACUGGGGGCUUCUCCAAGCCCCAGGACAGGGCCUGGCAGGGUCCCCAACCCCCGCCUCCCCGCCCAGCACAUCAUUUGGAACAAAUGUCCUCCUUUUGGACACGUCCUUCAGCAAACAUCAGGAAGUGCCUCCUGGAGCCAGCGCCCCCCAUGCCCCACUCUGGUCCCGUCCUUGGACGGGGCAGCUCCGGGCACACGGUGUGUGGACCACAGCCACCGAGCACAGUUCCCCUCGGCCACGGAGAAGCAGGAGCCAUGGGCUCCCCGCGGACAGGGUGGCCAUCACCCUGGCCCCACAAAUGAGCAGAGGGCUGGGGGCUGGGUGACCGCAGGGCUACACCUGUCUGACCCACACUCUGAGGCCGGGGUCGGGGGCAGGGGGGGGCAGCAGCGACCUCAGGCUGGGCUCCUGUGGCCUCUCUGGCCACACCGUCCCUGCCCGGGGGCACCGAGCUGACAAUUUCAUGCCCCGAGGUGGUGGCCUCGCGUUCCCACACUGAGCUCACAGGGCCCCUUUGUCUGCCGCCCGCUGCGGUGUCAAUGGGACUUUUCUCCCAGGCUCUGCUCCCGGGCCCAGCGGGGUCUCCAGACGCUCUUCUCCAGGCCAGGGGGGCCUGAGCCCCCCACCUGGGUGGGGCCUCGCUCUGUGAACCUACCACCUUCUGGGGAUGGGCCUGGGCGCAGCCGGGCCUGGCAGAUACACAAAAAGCACAGACGCAGACCCGUCCUCAGAGUGCCAGCCCCUCCGUGCCACUCCGGAGAGCGGGUGCGGGGUGGCUGGGGUCCCCCGCAGGUCUCGGCUCUACACAGGGUCACCCCUUCUCACUCCAGAGGUGGACAUGGGCCUCCCUCCCAACCACAACUCGUCUCUCGGGCUGGUGGGGAGGGCGGCUGGAGGUGGGCAGGGAUCCCCACUCUCAAGGUGGUCAGCUCAGCAGCCACUGACCCCAGACCCCCUUACUGGGCCCAGGGACGUGUCUUUGCAGGAUAAGUGGGCAAAGGAGGGGCUCCCCAAAGCAGCAGCACCCCAGUCACGCCAGGGCCAGGCUGAGCACAGGACCUGGGCCGGGUCUGUGCUCAGCUCAGGGCAUAACCACCUGCACACUGGGGAGCAGAGCUGAGAAGGGGGGCUGGACCGCCAGCCUCAGGAAGAACAGAGCAGGGGCCUGGGUGGCCCUGGCCACCAGAAGGCCCCAAGGUGGGGCAGCCAGGGUCUGAGGUCUUGCCUAGUUCGUUCCGCGGUUUGGCUGUGACUCCUCCCAGGUCACAGAGCGGGGGUGGGCACUUCACCCACGUGGGUCUCCAGGCCUAGGGGACAUGGGACAGACACCCACCCAGUUCAUCACCAAACAGGGCCUAACAGGGUGGUCUCCCCAGCUGCCUCCUGGGAAUCCCCAGCGGCCUCCGAAGGAAUUCCAGUGGCUGCAGUCGCCCUGGGCCAACUGCUCUGAGGUUCAUUCCUCCUUAAUUUCCAACGACCACAGCAGAGCUAUAAACUGUGAAAUUCUAAUGAGGAAAUUUGGCGGCAGUGUUAGAGUGUCAAUAAAAAGCAGGUUUACUGUUU